CUUUAAUAAAAAGAUAGUGUUUGUUUAAUCAUUUAUAAUUAAGUUUGAAAAAUGAAUAGAAUAUUUUCCCUAUUUUGCAAAUAUAUUACAACCCGAUCAUGUUUAACAUCAUCUAAAAAUGGACUUUCUUACUUAGUUAGAUCUUCUUACGUUUUGGGUGGUCAAAUUAAAACAAAUUUGGCUAUAAAGUAUGAUAUUGGAUCUACAAAAAGAUUUAAACGGUCGAAAAAAGAUCCGGAUGAAAAUGAAGAUUCAGAUGACUCAGAUUUAGAACUAGACAAUUGCAGCCAACUUAUUAAAUACAAAACAAGUUCUUUACGAAUGGACAGUGUUUUGAAGCAUGCAUUAGGGAAAUCAAGAAAUAAAAUUGAAAUCGCCUUUUUUGAGAGCCGUAUCAGAGUUAACGGGAAAAAAGUUUUAAAAAAGAGUCAUUCUUUAGAUGUAGGAGAUGAAGUAGAUUUAAUCAAAGGAUCUAGUCCAAGUAAUCCAAACUUCCUUCUAGUAUCUAGAGUUGAAAUUCUAUCAGCCAAUCUAGAUGGUCAUGAAUUAUUAGUGAAGUUACGGAAAUUCAAAAAUCUUUUAAUUGAUAACUACCCCGAUAAAUGGAAAGCUUUGUCAUCUUAACUAAUGUAAAAUUAUUAUAAGUAUAUUAAGUAAAAUAAAAUGAAUGAUUUUUUUAGUAA